GAUGUCAUCGCCUCCAUCCUGCUGAGCGGGCGGAUCGGGCCCAACAUCCAGCUGGCUGACUGCUAUGGGCUGAGGCUGAAGCACAUGAAGUCAGACGAGAUCCACUGGCUGCACCCGCUGAUGACGGUGGGGGAGGUGCAGGACAAGUAUGAGUGUCUGCACGUGGAAGCCGAGUGGAGGUAUGACCUUCAAAUCCGCUACCUGCCAGAAGACUUCAUGGAGAGCCUGAAAGAAGACAGGACCACGCUGCUUUAUUUUUACCAACAGCUCCGGAACGACUACAUGCAGCGCUAUGCCAGCAAGGUCAGCGAAGGGAUGGCCCUGCAGCUGGGCUGUCUGGAGCUCAGGCGGUUCUUCAAGGACAUGCCCCACAACGCACUCGACAAAAAGUCCAACUUCGAGCUCCUGGAGAAAGAAGUGGGCCUGGACCUGUUUUUCCCAAAGCAAAUGCAGGAGAACUUAAAGCCCAAGCAGUUCCGGAAGAUGAUCCAGCAGACGUUCCAGCAGUACGCCUCGCUCCGGGAGGAGGAGUGCGUCAUGAAGUUCUUCAACACCCUCGCAGGCUUCGCCAACAUUGACCAGGAGACCUAUCGCUGUGAACUCAUUCAAGGAUGGAACAUCACUGUGGACCUGGUCAUCGGCCCUAAGGGCAUCCGCCAGCUGACAAGUCAAGAUGCAAAGCCCACCUGCCUGGCCGAGUUCAAGCAGAUCAAGUCCAUCAGGUGCCUCCCUCUGGAGGAGGGCCAGGCGGUACUGCAGCUGGGCAUCGAAGGCGCUCCCCAGUCCUUGUCCAUCAAAACCUCCUCUCUGGCAGAGGCCGAGAACAUGGCUGACCUCGUAGAUGGUUACUGCCGGCUGCAAGGAGAGCACAAGGGCUCUCUCAUCAUUCGAGCCAAGAAAGACGCUGAGAAGCGGAACAGUCUGCCCCAGAUCCCCACGCUAAACCUGGAAGCUCGGCGGCCGCACCUUUCAGAAAGCUGCAGCAUAGAAUCAGACAUCUAUGCUGAGAUCCCCGACGAGACCCUGCGAAGAUCAGGAGGCCCACAGUAUGGCAUCACCCGGGAAGAUGUGGUCCUGAAUCGUAUUCUCGGUGAAGGCUUUUUUGGGGAAGUCUAUGAAGGUGUCUACACAAAUCACAAAGGGGAGGUGAUCAAUGUGGCUGUGAAGACCUGUAAGAAAGACUGCACACUGGAUAACAAGGAGAAGUUCAUGAGUGAGGCAGUGAUCAUGAAGAACCUGGACCACCCACACAUCGUGAAGCUGAUUGGCAUCAUCGAAGAGGAGCCCACCUGGAUCAUCAUGGAACUGUACCCCUAUGGGGAGCUGGGUCACUACCUGGAGCGAAACAAGAACAUCCUGAAGGUGCUCACUCUUGUCCUGUACUCGCUGCAGAUCUGCAAGGCCAUGGCUUACCUGGAGAGCAUCAACUGUGUCCACAGGGACAUCGCUGUCCGGAACAUCCUGGUGGCCUCCCCUGAGUGUGUGAAGCUGGGGGACUUCGGCCUUUCCCGAUACAUUGAGGAUGAGGAGUAUUACAAAGCCUCUGUGACCCGUCUACCAAUCAAGUGGAUGUCCCCCGAGUCCAUCAACUUCCGCCGCUUCACAACCGCCAGCGAUGUCUGGAUGUUUGCUGUGUGCAUGUGGGAAAUCCUGAGCUUCGGAAAGCAGCCCUUCUUCUGGCUGGAGAACAAGGAUGUCAUUGGGGUGCUGGAGAAGGGGGACCGGCUGCCCAAGCCUGACCUCUGCCCGCCCAUUCUCUACACCCUCAUGACCCGCUGCUGGGACUACGACCCCAGUGAACGACCCCGCUUCAGCGAGCUCGUGUGCAGCCUCAGGUGAGCAAGGAGAUGGGUGUGUGGUGGGGAGGACUGCAAGCCCAGGGCUCCCUGAGAGUACGUCUCCUCUUCAGCAGCGCAUGGAGGUUUAUAGCUGUGUGUG